AUGAGACAAGCUCGAAAUCCAAGAAAAAGAAAUCCAAGAAAUGCUUUGGUAUAUUUUAAAGUUGAUAAAACAACUUCCAUAGUACCAACAGCCAAGGUUGUUCAGACAUCCGACUUAUUAAAAAUCGGUCAAGAAGUAACAGUAAAUUGGACAACUCAGCAGCAGUUUACUGGGGUAAUUAAGUUUCUACCAGAUUCAAAUGCCGAGCUGUUGCAGAAACAGAAAGAUCUAGUGUUGGGCGACGACAAGCCAUAUGAUUCUUCAGAGGCUGUAGACGAUUCUAGUAAAUCAGCUUCACUUGACAAUGGAAUGAUGGGUGGGCACCUUACUGGAUAA